AUGGAUGCAACCAAGAAAGAGACCGAAUAUAUUGAGAAUGUCGACUCUGUCAAGAACAACAAGGUCUUGGGAGACUACUCCGGGGCUACGUCCAAGACAGACCCUCGAGAGAUUCGUUUAGUCCGCAAGUUGGACUUUCACAUAAUGCCUAUCGUCUGGGCCAUGUACUUUUUGAACUAUCUUGACCGAAAUGCCAUCGCCCAGGCCCGGUUGAACGAUAUGGAGGAGCACCUUGGCCUUGUUGGUUCGCAAUACAACACCUGCAUCUCAAUCCUCUUUGUUGGGUACCUCCUCAUGCAGAUACCCUCCAACAUGCUCAUGUCCUCCAAGAAGGUCAGACCCUCUCUCUAUAUGAGUGUCUGCAUGGCCAGCUGGGCCGUCGUCUCGUCAUGUACAGCCCUGACAAAAAGUUACGGAGGCCUCGUGGCAGUCCGCUUCAUGCUGGGGAUCGCCGAAGCCCCCUUCUACCCCGGAGCACUCUUCCUCUUCUCACUCUUCUAUACUCGCAAGGAGAUUGCGUUGCGGCUGUCCAUAUUGUACACCGGGAAUAUUGUCAGCACCGCAUUCUCGGGUCUCAUUGCAGCCGCCACGUUCGCUACCCUCGAUGGCACCCACGGUCUCAAAGGCUGGCAAUGGCUCUUCAUUAUCGAAGGCGUGGUCACUUUUGGGACGGCAAUCCUCGGGAUGUUCCUUUUACCAGAUCAUCCCCUGGCGACUAGAUGGCUCACACCAGAGGAACGACAACUCGCUCACAGCCGCAUUCUAGCGGACACGGUUGAUAGCGAGCAAUCACAGGGUGUAAUGGCAGGCUUGAAACAGGCCUUCCGUGACCCCCGGCUCUACCUCCUUGCCUUAAUGCAGAAUAUGCAUCUUAGCGCUUGCGGGUUUAACAACUUCUUCCCUACUGUCAUCGAGAGCUUGGGGUUCAGCGACACCAUCACCCUUGUCCUGACCUGUCCUCCCUACCUGGUCUCAGGAGUGGUAGCCAUCAUCGCCGGUACCACAUCCGGCCGCUUAAACGAGCGUACCUGGCACAUCACGGGGUGUAUGGGAGUUGCCGUUGUGGGAUUCAUCAUCUCAUGCGUUACUCUCAACACCGCGGCGCGAUACCUCAGUUGUUUCUUGUUUACCAGCGGGGCGUAUUCGGUAAAUUCGAUGAUUCUGGGAUGGGUGACCGCCACGUUAGGUCAAACUCCCGAGAAAAAGGCCGCAUCGUUGUCCUUUGUCAAUGUCAUAGCCAACGCAUCAUACAUAUACACGGCAUACCUCUAUCCCAGCAGCGAUGGACCAAGAUACCUUAUCGGGAUGGCGAGUAACUCUGCCUUUGGUCUUGUCACGAUACUCUCCGCCUGGGGGUUGCGAUUUUGGCUUCAAAACACCAAUAAGAAGAUUCUGCGGGGCAAUAUUUUGGGGAGUCAGGAAGGGCUUCUCUAUGCAUACUGA